AGAUACAAUUUGGCUCCAUCCAAUACACAUGAACUACAUUUCCCAGAAUGCAUUGAGCAGGGUUAGGGGUUAUUUUGACAUGUGUAGUUGUCCAAGGCAACAGCACCUUUCCUUCACUAAAAAAUAAGACCCUUGCACUCGAAAUUGUGCAAUAUUUGUUAUCUUCCACACACAUGAAUGCUGGUGGUCAGCCAGUGUUCACUCAGUCAGUGUGAAUGGGCGACAACGACGCUGAGCGGAACGACAACAAUCCUGCUGAAAAUCAUCACCCUGAGCUGCUAGACUGCUGCGGAGGGCUCAACAACGUGGAUUACUCGAAGAUGGACUUGACCCUGUUGGAAGAGCUCCUAAGACACAUUGACUGUCAUGACUUCAGCUUCUGCGUUGCUGUGAUCGCCAUAAUUUUCAACCCUUUCUUCUGGAAUGUGGUGGCGAGAUGGGAGCAUCGUACGCGGAGACUCUCCAGGAUCUUUGGUAGCCCUUACCUUGCCUGUUACUUCCUGGGCUUUCUCAUCAUUCUGCUCAACGUCUUUCGCAGCCACAGCAUGACCGUGGCAAUGAAGGCCCAGGCCAGGUGGGAAGUGAUGGACAGGACAGACAUCUUCUAUUCUGGAGUAGUUCUUAUGGUGCUGGGCACAGUGCUGGUGGUCAGCAGCUUCCUGGCUCUGGGAUUUACUGGAACCUUCCUAGGUGACUACUUUGGCAUCCUGAUGGACGAGAAGGUGACAGGCUUUCCCUUCAACAUCACAGAGAACCCGAUGUACUGGGGCAGCACUGCCAACUACCUCGGUCUGGCACUCAUGGGUGCCAGUCCUGUUGGUCUCGUCCUGACUGCCAUAGUAGCUGUGGCUUACAAGGUUGCAAUAAGAUUUGAGGGACCAUUCACUGAACAGAUCUAUCAGGAGAGGAGUCAGCGCCGCAAACAUGAAUAAUCGCCUCCCACCCAGACGCCUCCUGUUCCUGGUUUGGCUGAGGAUUCCCUUCCUGUCAUGAGGACAGACAGACUGAACGACAGAGUGACUUCCCAAAAGACUUGAUUAUUAAUCCACCCCCAACGUGGAUAUGACAGCAACGUUCAUAAUGCAGCUACUAAGUGAAACCACUGUUUUUAUUUUACACUGUUCUGUGAAGCUACAUGAGGCCAUUGUUUCUAUCGCUGGACCACAUGGCACACUUUAUUCUGUAAGGAUGUCAAGUGAAAGGAAUAGUUCAAUAUUUUGGGAAAUGUACUUUUUCACUUUUUUGCCAGUAGUUAGAUGAGAAUAUUGAUACC